AUGGAGCUGCCUCCCCGCGGCCGGGCGUCGCCGGACUCGCCGCUGGACAGCGCCUCCCUGACCUCGCUGGACUCCAGCGUCUUCUGCAGCGAGGGCGAAGGGGAGCCCCUGGCGCUCGGGGACAGCUUCACGGUCAACGUGGGCGGCAGCCGCUUUGUGCUCUCGCAGCAGGCUCUGUCCUGCUUCCCACACACGCGCCUUGGCAAGCUGGCCGUGGUGGUGGCCUCGUGCCGGCGCCCCGGGGCCCUGGCCGCCGUGCCCAGCCCCCUGGAGCUCUGUGACGACGCCAACCCCGUGGACAACGAGUACUUCUUCGACCGGAGCUCGCAAGCAUUCCGCUACGUCCUGCACUACUAUCGCACCGGCCGCCUGCACGUCAUGGAGCAGCUGUGCGCGCUCUCCUUCCUCCAGGAGAUCCAGUACUGGGGCAUCGACGAGCUCAGCAUUGACUCCUGCUGCAGGGACAGAUACUUCAGAAGAAAGGAGCUGAGUGAAACUUUAGACUUUAAGAAGGACACAGAAGACCAGGAAAGUCAACAUGAGAGCGAACAGGACUUCUCACAAGGACCUUGCCCCACCGUCCGCCAGAAGCUCUGGAACAUCCUAGAGAAACCGGGGUCUUCCACAGCUGCCCGAAUCUUUGGGGUCAUCUCUAUCAUCUUCGUGGCGGUGUCCAUCGUCAACAUGGCUCUGAUGUCAGCCGAGUUAAGUUGGCUGGACCUGCAAUUGCUGGAAAUCCUGGAGUAUGUGUGCAUUAGCUGGUUCACCGGGGAGUUUGUCCUGCGCUUCCUGUGCGUGCGGGACAGGUGCCGCUUCCUGAGAAAGGUGCCAAACAUCAUAGACCUCCUAGCCAUCUUGCCCUUCUACAUCACUCUUCUGGUAGAGAGCCUGAGUGGGAGCCAGACUACACAGGAGCUGGAAAACGUGGGGCGCAUCGUCCAGGUUUUGAGGCUGCUCAGGGCUCUGCGCAUGCUCAAGCUGGGCAGGCAUUCCACAGGCUUGCGCUCACUUGGAAUGACAAUCACCCAGUGUUAUGAAGAAGUUGGGCUGCUGCUCCUAUUUCUGUCUGUAGGAAUCUCUAUAUUUUCAACUGUGGAAUAUUUUGCUGAGCAGAGCAUUCCCGACACAACCUUCACAAGUGUCCCUUGUGCAUGGUGGUGGGCCACAACGUCCAUGACUACCGUGGGAUAUGGGGACAUCAGACCAGACACCACCACGGGCAAAAUCGUGGCCUUCAUGUGUAUCUUAUCGGGAAUCCUUGUCUUGGCCUUGCCCAUUGCUAUUAUUAACGACCGCUUCUCUGCUUGCUACUUCACCUUAAAGCUCAAGGAAGCAGCUGUUAGACAGCGUGAGGCUCUGAAGAAACUUACCAAGAAUAUAGCCACUGACUCAUAUAUCAGUGUUAACUUGAGAGAUGUCUAUGCCCGGAGUAUCAUGGAGAUGCUUCGAUUAAAAGGCAGAGAAAGAGCAAGUACUAGGAGCAGUGCAGGAGAUGAUUUCUGGUUUUGAAUUCACUUUCAGUUUAUUUGCAAAAGGCUGUGUAAUACUAACUUGAUUGAUAAAGCCUUGAUAUGGA